UUCUUCUUCUUCUUCUUUUUUUUUUUUUUUAAUUUCCGGUUCAUCUGCUUCUGCAUCUGUGCUUGUUUUCCGAAAUGGGCAACGUGCAGUCGGACGAGCUCAAAGGGGACGCGGGAGGGGACGACGGUGCCCACCAGAAGCAGUCGUCGUCGUCGUCGUCCAUGCUUGUCGGCGGUUCCCAAAACCAGGUGGUUGCGUCUGCGGCGGGUUCCGGUCUCGCUCCUGCAGCCCCAGGCACCGCCGCCACCCUCAGCAAUAGCAGCAGCAGCAGCAAUGGUAGCAGUAGCAAUAUCCUGACUGGCGGCAGCAGCGGCAGUAACAGGAGUAGCAACAGCCAUCCCAAUCACAGCAGUAGCAGCGCUAAUAGCAGCGGGAAUACCAUCACUGCGGCGGCGGCGGCGGCGGGCAUGAGCAAUGGCGAGCGGCUGGCGGUGCUCACACAGGCCUUCCUCAGCAACUAUGCCAGCGCUUGCAAGGCUGUUCUGCUGGCACAUGUGCACGAGCAGGCGCGGAGCAAGGCCAGCGAGCUGCUCAAGGAGCGCGUGGCCAAUCACCGAAUGAAACCUGCUGCUGCUGCGACCCCUGCGACCCCUGCGACGGCGCUUGCAUUGCCGACCACUGCCACCACCACGGCGGCGACUGAGGGCGGUGUUGCUAGUGCUGCAGAGGCGACUGGGCCUGCUGCGGAUGCGGCAGCGUCGAGUGCGGCAGAGUCGGCCAUUCGGAGCGAUGCGAAUGGUCCAAUCCACGCGGUAUCGGACGAAGAAGCACCAGCCAAUGCAGCCAGCACUGUCACUGCAGCAAGAGCAACAACAAUAACAACAGGAACAACAGGAACAACAACGACAACAACGACGACAAGGACGACGAUGCAAGACAAGCCAACAACAGCACCAGCGACUGGAGUCGUGACGCGAAGAACCACGGCGGCGCUGCUCGGCGCUGCUCCUACCACUGCUGCUGCUACUGCUGCGACUCCUGCUGCGACCACUUCCACGAGUCCAAUCCCGACGGGUGCCUCGACAACGCUGGUGGCGGCGCGAGUGACCAAGCACAGCACGCAUGCGCUGGAGAACGAUCCGCGGUACACCGAGUACCAGGUGGUGGUCGUCGAGGUCAAGCCGGUCGGAUCCAAGAUCUUGCAGCUGUCGCGGCGCUACCGCGAACUCCGCGCCUUCCACGACGCAUGGCUCGACUCGCAUGGCAAUCCAUCGCCGACAGUGCCAGCGUCUGCAGGGCCCACUGCCAACGCCCUGGCAGCCGAUGCGAUCGCAAGAAACAAGACCGAUCUCCAGCGACUCGCGCGCAUCUUCCCUCCCAAGAAGCUGUUUGGCAACAACCUCGAUGCAGAACUCGUACAAGCUCGAUUCCAAGCCUUCCAAGAAUACAUUGAGAUCUUGUCGUCCGAGUUGCGCAGCGGACAAAAUCCGCUCUUCCGGACGUUGCUCUCGCUCGAUCACACUCACAAGAACGAACUGGCGUGGUCCGCGUUCAACAACGCAUACUUGGCCACUGCUGCGCAGCUCGGAUACACCUCGCGACCCAUCACGACCGAGACGGAAGGCAUCACUCAUCUUUUGUACUCGAUGUGCGCGGAAGGAGUGACGAGCGAGCCGGCUCGACUAGCCAUUCAAACCAGCGUCAGCAAGCUUAUUGGAAACGACCCGGUCAUUGUACGGAAAGCCGUCGACAUCUUUGCAGCGGCCUCGAAUCUCGCAUCCACUGCGUUGGAGCCGUUCAUUGAGUUUGAGGCCAAGUUGAGCGACCUUCUUCCAAGCCUCGUCCUCGACUCGGCCAUCAUGCGCAAGCUCACCAGCUCGGCUGGACAAGUGGGCAAGGACAAGCUGGCACCCUCGAUGGUCCGCGCCUCGGCCUACAUUCUGGAGCAUGUGAGCAACUUGCGCACUCAGCUCCUUGCCGCGUUGGAGGAAAUCAAGCCGCCAUCCUCCUCCUCGGGCUCGUCCUCUCCAUCAUACCAUCACCACCACUAUCACCAUCACCACCAUUACCACCACCACCACCACGGCAGCACGUCGCCCGUCCCGUCCCAUCGCUAUGCACUUGAGCUGCCCGAUCGCCAGCAGUCCUUGUUGACGUCCGAGCUGCAGUGGGCGGUCGAUUGUGUCAAGAACAGCAGUGACGGCGAAAACACGCUUCUGGUCCAGCUUGCCACCACGUUGCUCCAAGCGUUCACCGCCUUGCUUUCAAUGAUCACGCACGUGUCAAAGUGGUUUUCUGAGGUUGCAACCGAGUUGCUGGAGCUCAAGGUUCGCCUUGAGGCGACGCUCAUCGCCACAACAACGACCUGCAAAGUUUCCGACGCGCUCUGCGAGACACUGCGAGCAGCAGUCAAGUCCGAGCUGGCCAAGUUUGACAGCUUUGUGCAAGCCAAGGCGCUGGAUCUCGCAGUGAUCAAGUUCACCAUCUUGGACGAGCACAUUGAUACCACACUCAAGAUUCUGCCCAACUCGCUUCGCGGCAUUUUUGCAACCGCAUUCAAGUCCAUCCCGGCACACAUGAUUGAUUCGCUUCAACAAUUAGUGCGCUCACUUGACCAGCACCUCUCGGCUGGCCUUUCCGGAUUGUCGGACGAUGAGUUGGGGAUUGCUGCGCGCACAAGAAGCGGCACCCUGUCGUCGGGGUCGCCUGCGCCUCGCUCGCCCGGAGAAUCCCCCGCAAACGAAGCAUCCCACCCCUCUACGCUGCGGGGCUCGAAAGAGCUCGAGUCCUCCAUCACCACGAGCGUCAGCUCUGCCAAUUCAACUCUCACAGCCACGCAGUCCAUGUACAACGACCAGUCCAGUGGCAGCGGCCCUUCCACUCCGGCGUCGACUGCGGCGCCAAGCUCUGCUGCGCCGGCCCUGCGGCGUACGGUUCGAUCAGCCUUCCGCAGUGCCAGCUCUCACGCAGGCCAUCACAUGGCCACGGCGAUCGCGAAAAUGGGGAAAUCUUGCGUUGGAUUGUGCAUGGAAUUGCUCAUCAAGGAAACACUGUCCAAGCCCGUCAAGUCCGCCCUUUCUGGCCUUGAGUUGCUUGAUGAGAGCAUACCACAGCCGAUUCUUGACGCCGGAUUUGAUCCUGCCGUCCUGAUCGAGAGCACCAUCGAAGCGACUGCCUCCACAGCUCUCCAGCUGCUGCUAGUGUCUGUGGUAGAGGCCGCCAUUCUCUCAUCAGUCGUCGCAAAGCAGCAGCAGUGGGCACAGCAAGCCGCCCUCGCUCCGAUUUUUGCGCCUUCCAGUUGAAAAGCGCUGGUUUGCGCUGGUUUGCCUGUUGCGGUGGUUUUAAUUGUCUCGCUUUAUUUUGUUGUUUUGUUUUUAAUGUAUUUGACGUUUUCGGU